AAAAGGCAGUGCACAAGGAUUCGUACUCCCAAGCGUCUCGAAAGCGUUAUCCUGACAUUGAAUUGAAGAUUGAAUAGAAAGCUUGAAAUCUGUCUUUUGGCGGCUGCGUCGAAGUUGAGCGAAGAAUGGCGACGGUGGUGGCGGCGCCGUGGUUUAGAGCAAGGUUGAUCCCGGAGUUAAAGAAUCGCCAGUCACUACUGUAUUGUCGCAACGGCCCCCGCAGGUAUCCGCAAAGUCUCUGUUUCCGGAGAAGAAGUUUCUCAAUUUAUGCUUCAGCAGGAGAUGAAGGGGCUGUCCGAGUUCGUUUUGCACCGUCUCCUACCGGUAAUCUCCAUGUGGGAGGCGCUAGAACUGCACUCUUUAACUACUUAUAUGCGCGGUCGAAAGGUGGGAAAUUUAUACUCCGGAUUGAAGACACAGACCUGGAAAGAUCCACAAGGGAGUCCGAGGAGGCCGUGCUUCGUGACCUUUCUUGGCUUGGUCUUGCUUGGGACGAAGGUCCUGGAAUUGGUGGGAACUAUGGCCCAUACAGGCAGUCUGAGAGGAAUGCCCUUUACAAGGAAUUUGCUGAAAAACUUUUACAAUCCGGUCAUGUUUAUCGAUGUUUUUGCUCAAAUGAGGAAUUAGAAAAGAUGAAAGAGAUGGCAAAAUUGAAGCAGUUGCCUCCCGUGUACACUGGGAGGUGGGCCAGUGCUACAGAGCAGGAAGUUCUAGAAGAGCUGGCAAAGGGGACCCCAUACACAUAUCGGUUUCGAGUACCGAAAGAAGGGAGUUUAAAAAUUGAUGACCUCAUUCGUGGUGAAGUCAGUUGGAACUUCGACACUCUUGGAGACUUUGUGAUCAUGAGAAGUAAUGGACAACCCGUUUACAAUUUUUGUGUCACAGUUGAUGAUGCUACUAUGGCUAUCUCCCAUGUCAUAAGAGCGGAGGAACAUUUGCCGAAUACUCUAAGGCAAGCAUUAAUAUACAAGGCACUAGGUUUUCCAAUGCCUCACUUUGCGCAUGUUUCUUUAAUUCUUGCCCCUGAUAGAAGCAAGCUCUCUAAACGGCAUGGUGCAACUUCAGUUGGUCAGUUCAGGGACUUGGGCUAUUUGCCUCAGGCAAUGGUGAACUAUCUAGCUCUCUUGGGAUGGGGUGAUGGUACAGAAAAUGAGUUUUUCUCCCUUGAGCAGCUUGUUGAAAAGUUCACAAUUGAACGUGUAAACAAAAGUGGUGCCAUAUUUGAUUCGACCAAGUUAAGGUGGAUGAAUGGUCAGCAUUUGAGAUCACUUCCAUCUGAAGAGUUGAACCAAAUCAUUGGUGAAAGGUGGAAGGAUGCAGACAUCGUUACAGAAUCACAAGGAGUUUUUGUACAGGAUGCUGUUCUACUCCUCAAAGAUGGGAUUGACUUGAUACCAGAUUCAGAGAAAGCACUUUCAAGUUUGCUAUCUUAUCCUUUAUAUGAAACUUUGACAAGCACGGAAGGAAAACUGAUCUUAGAAGAUGGAGUCUCUGAAGUUGCUAAGAGCUUGUUAGCGGCCUAUGAUAGUGGUGAGCUCUGUGGUGCACUUGCAGAAGGCCAACCUGGAUGGAGAAACUGGGUGAAGAAGUUCGGUAAAUUGCUGAAGCGCAAGGGAAAAUCUCUCUUCAUGCCCCUUCGGGUGUUGCUAACAGGAAAGCUUCAUGGACCUGAUAUUGGGGCCACCACAGUAUUACUCUAUAAAGCUGGAACAUCUGGUUCUGUAGCACCCCAAGCUGGGUUUGUUACAUUUGAUGAAAGAUUUAAGAUAUUGAGAGAAGUUCAAUGGGAGUCGUUCAGCUCAAAUGUGCCUUUGUCUGCUGGUGUUGUAACGCAUUGAGAUUGUGGCGAUAUUCUGUUUUGAUUAUCCAUUAUAUGACUUCUAUCUCCACCAUUCCCAGUAGAAACAAAGAGAAGCUGCGAGCACAAGGGGGGUUUUCUUGUGUUUGCAUCUCGUCUGGAAUCAAAGAGGGCUACCAUCUCUAGCGGGAUUCCUUUUCUGUAUCUUCCCCCUCCCCCUCCACGGGGUGAGGCUGUGCUGAUUGUGACACUACGUUUAUUUUUCACCGAACAAUGGUAGAAUAGUUAAAAAGGGGAUUGCAGCUCCAACCUGGGUUUCAUUGCAUAAACAAUGGACUAACAAAGAUAUACCUAAACUAUUACUUUU